AGCCGGGGAUUUCUGUGACCCCAACAGCCAAUAGGAUGCGACGUAAACAAGCGACGUGUCAUGAGCACGCGAUCUGGGGCCGGGCUCCUGAUUCCUUUCAUUUUCAAUUCUUGACAGCAAAUGAAUCUUGUUGAGUAGUCUCUCAGCAUCCCAACAGGGCAGAAACCGACUCGAUCCAGAGGAAUGGCUCAGGCCACUCAUCUGCAGACGAUUGAUGAGAAAGACUUGCGCGAUGUAGUUUUAGUCCGAACUAGUGUAGGUGCGUGUUUGCGAGGACAUUUCGGGAGGACAGGACACAAAGUGGCUGUCAAGUUAAUCAAGGAUAGUAAAUGGAUUGACAGGUUAAAGAAAGAAGGAAUGUUGGGCCAGGUGUGUUCUGAGCAAGUUCUAAUCCCAUUGGGUGUGUACACAACUCAUUCGCUGGUUGGGCUGGUGUGGGACUGGAUGACUGAAGGAUCUCUACAUUCACUACUGCAUGAGACAGAUGUGUUGCCAAAGCUUUCAAUGGCUCUUUGUCUUCGGAUCCUUUUGGAUGUUUCUGAAGGUUUAGCUAAUCUCCAUGCCAUUCCGCUGCCUCAUGGAGCCCUGAAAGCCACCAAUGUUCUUCUUGACCAACAGUACCAUGCCAAGUUGUGUGACUGGGGUCAAGAGAUAGACAUGCACUCGCUUGCCUCUGAUGGCCGUGGGCCAUGUUACAGAGAUCUGGCUUAUGUGUCGCCUGAAGUCAUACAAGGUGCUGUUCCUUCUGUGGAAGCUGACAUAUAUAGUUUUGGAGUUCUUAUGUGGGAAACAUUAAAUAGAAAGCAUCCAUGUGAAGGUAUUGAUCAGGUUCAAAGCAAAUUGGAGCUUGGUUUGGAGGUUGACCUUCUGCCACCAAUGACACCUCAAAGCCAUGCCCUCACCCAGCUCAUCAUUAGAUGCUUGAACAGUGAUCCACAAAAACGACCAUCAGCUGAAGAGUGUGCAGUGGUUCUAAGGACAACUUUAGCAGUGUUUGAUCCACAGACUUUCACUGAAGCUGUUCUUCAUCUGAAAACAUGCAAGGAGAGGAGGCUACUGAGCUGUAAAAUGCGCUCAUCCUGGGAGUUGCCUAUUGAGCUACAGAACCUAGAGGACAAUAGCUGCAAGGGUACCACAAAAAAUUGGACUUCCAAGGUGAUUCCACAAAAUGAAACUCUGCCAGUACAUGCAAAAGGAAAGGCCCCUCUGCCAAUGGCAACAAGAGGUUGUCCUCAGAUUGGAUGCUGUAGGGACACUGGCAAAAGUUCGGUCCAAUCCAAUAACUCCUGCAGUGACCAUGGUUUCACUCAGAAUAAUGGAUGUCCCAGAGUUCCCCAGAGACAGAACUCUACAACUUUAAGGUCCCCAUGUGUUUCCCCUACAACGAUAUUUCAGAGUAACCCACAACACAACGCUGGCAACCAGGUUAAAUGUCAACUGUCUGCGGGAAGGAGCUGUUGCCGACUUCUGCAAGAAAGACGGGAGGCCAUUGUUCGUUGCAUGACUGAGGGGCGACUCAACAACGUACUUGACGUGUUGCGGGCCAGACAGGCUGUGACCCGAGAGACGUACGAGAUCAUCACUGCGGCCCUGACCUUGACCGCACGCACGCGCUGUUUGCUCGAUAUCUGUGCCUGCCUCGGCGAAAAUGUUGCUAUUUUGGUGGCCACAACUUUAGGUUUAGUGUCCACUGAAAAUGCUCAGACCACCCAUAGGUGGCAGGCUGGUUAAGUUAACAAAGACAAACUGCACAUGAAACAAUUGAUAUCAGAUUGAUAUCAAAUUUGUAUGGCACUGUAAUGUGCCAUUAAUAUGUUAGUGUGUUCUUGUUUAGACUGCUGUGUAACAGAUGAAGAGAGGUCAGGCUCUCUGGAAAGGUAUGCUGCUAUGCAGUUUUAGUGUUUUUAGUGUUGGAUAUAUAAAUCUCAUCAAAUUAACACCCAUUAUAAAAGGUACUGACGAUGUCAUUGCUUCCUAGUUCUCAAACUGAAGUGAUUAGUCAAAUGCCUUUGAGGAUGAUGUUCUGAUGAAUGGGCAAAUAGUGGUUUGAUUGCAUUUCUUUGUUUGUGAAGAUAAAAAAAAACAACAGCACAAAAACAGAUUAUUUAAACCUUUGUGAAAGGUAGGGCUGUUUCCCUUAAACAUGCUUACUUAAUGUUUCCUUGUCAGCUUUCACUCUCAAUUGCUGUUAAUUCUGAAAUUUUACACAUUUAUAACCACAUUUAUCUUGUGUGCACUACACUUUCCAGGGAUGCAUUUAUUUUUUAUUUUAGACUUAUAAUUGUGCAUGUUGCACAACAGACUCAGUAGUUUCUGAUUGUAGUGUAUCUUGCAACAAGACAUUAUUUUGUAUUUGCUAUGUACAGUUUGUAGCAUGACAUGCAUAACCAAAAAAUAAAAAAAAGAAUAAAACAUUCAUGU